UCACACUGGCCGUUUGUUAUUAACGUGUUUUUGCGCAAUUUCAGGAUGAAUACAAUUCGUCCUUGCGGUUGCAAGGGUGUUCGCACCUGCUUAGGCUGCGAACAGGACUUUCAGAUAGCGAAGCCCUCGCUGCAGGAACAGUUCCAGCAACUGGAAGCCUGGUCCUACUGCAUCCAGUGCGACCUACUUCAGCCCGGUUGGGAUACCACUAAAGUGCAAAAGGAUCAUGAACAUCACAAGAAGUAUGAGGGCCUUCCGCUGCCUGGCAUCCUGGUGCAGGAGAACUUCCUCAGUGAGGAGGAGGGCUCCCAACUGAUAGCCGACCUGGACGACCUGCCAUGGGACAUCUCCCAGAGCGGCAGGCGAAAACAGAACUUCGGACCCAAGACCAACUUCAAGAAGCGCAAACUGCGGUUGGGAUCCUUUGCAGGAUUCCCCAGGACAACGGAAUACGUGCAGCGGCGCUUCGAAGAGGUUCCCCUGCUUCGUGGCUUUCAGACCAUCGAACAGUGCUCCCUGGAGUACGAGCCCAGCAAAGGUGCCAGCAUAGAUCCGCACGUGGACGAUUGCUGGAUCUGGGGCGAGCGAGUGGUCACUGUCAACUGCCUCGGCGACUCUGUGCUCACUCUGACGCCCUACGAAGUCCAGCAACCGGGCAAGUAUAACUUGGACUUGGUGGCUAGCUACGAAAAUGAACUGGUGGCACCUCUGUUGAAUGAGGACCAACUUGCCAGUUUCGAAGGAAAGGUGUUGCGGAUUCCUAUGCCAAAUCUGUCCCUGAUUGUGUUGUAUGGACCAGCGAGGUACCAGUUCGAGCAUUCUGUACUCCGCGAGGAUGUCCAGGAACGCCGCGUUUGUGUAGCCUACCGGGAGUUUACGGCCAUGUACAUCAAUGGAGAAGAUAUCCAAGAGGGGGAUCCUGUCCGAGAAAAGUCCCAGAUAUUUUGGCAAAUAAACUAGCAAACAAGAUCAA